CCUCUUCUAUUCUCUCUCUCUCUCUCUUACUGCCGCGUUUCUUCUAUGCCCUUUCCUGCGAAGUUUUCGUGAUUCAAUUGAGCUUGUUGUAGAAUUAGGGAUUUCGAUUUGGUCCCACGGGGAAAUUCUAGCUUUGUUGUACUUAAUUAUUCGUAAUCUAGGGUUUUGAAGCUGUAUAUUAUUGGUAGUCUUCGAUUAUUUGGUUUGCAUCGGAAUUCUUCAUUUUGCUACAAUUUAUUGAGCCUUCUGAGUUGGAGGAAGAGUAUAUUUGGAAGCUUUUACGUUCUGAAUUGCGAUUGGGAUCUGUUGACUCUUCGGAUAUGUAGGCAGAAGAUUUUGAGCAGUUGACGCAGAUCUUGACAGUUGGAGUCAAGACCUCUUGGUGUUCCGUGAAUUGCUUGAUUGCUGAUCUCUGCUGGGAGAUUCUUGAGAAUUUGUUUGUGCUGUUUGGGAAUUGCUAGUUCGAUUGGGGGUGGCUUCACUAAAUCAACCACGGCUCUAAGCAAAGAAUACCGUCUUAUUAUUAGAAGGAGAAGAGAAUGCUUGCAAGGUUUCCCUAAGUUUUUGCUUGCUUCCCCUUCUUUCCAUGGUGGACGGGGUGCCCUACCAUCUGCUGGUGGGCAUCCUUCAGAUCUGACAUUCCUCGCUGGCGGUGGUCCUGAAGCUUGAUCAAGCUUUAGUUUUGUAGAUUUUCUAAGUUAAUAGUGUAAUUGAGCAUCGUAAAAGUAUGGUAUCAGUCACUCAGAUUGAAGGGGAAUACCCAUUUCCGAAGCAGAAUGCCGGCUCGGAACAGUCCAAAUGUCACAAAAUGCCUUUCGCAGGUAUUACAACACAUGUUUACCAGCUUGGUAGUCCUGCUGAAGGGAAUGGUGGCCUUGGGGGCUUUUCAUACACUGCUGAAGAUAGACAAAGUUUGCUGGAUGCCCUUCUUCUUUCUCAGUGGGAAGAUCAUGCAUGGAAGGGUCAGCUCAAGUAUGAUGUUACUUCUUGUGAAAUAAAGGUCAUUGGCGGUGGAAAGAAUUUCAUCACUCAGUUGAAUGAGAAUUGGAAUUCUAAUUUCCUAACAGAAUUUGAGAACAAUGUCCUCCAACCUUUGGAGUCUAUCAGGUCGAGUUAUAUGAAAACUCACAAGGAGGAUAUACUUUUUUGCAUCGCACAUGGAGAAAAGGAAAGCUCUGAGAUUAUUUUUUCGACUGUGGUACCAAAAGAUGGAAUACUGGUUUUAGUUAAUGCAAAUCCUGUUGAGUAUGGUCAUGUUUUCUUAAUACCAUACAAGAUCCAUCAAUUGUCCCUGUCUCUGGACAAGAAGAUGUUUGGAUUGAUCACACGGAUUGCUGUUGAAGUAAAUAAUUGCUCUUUCCGUAUUUUCUUCGACCACAGUGCUUCUACUUGUUCAGAUCAGAUAUAUUUUCAGGCUAGUUACUUUGUGAACCCUUUACCUGUGGAGGUUCUUCCGACUGUCCCUGUAUACGGCGAUGCGCUAACAACAGGGAUAUGUAUCUGUGAGGUUGCAGAUUAUCCUCUUAAAACCUUAGUUUUCAUGAGCAAUAACUUGAAAGCACUAGCUGAUAUGGUAGCAGAAAUCUGUUCCACCUUGCAUAAGCAUAAUGCUGCAUUUAAUCUGCUGAUAUCCGAUUGUGGCACAAAAACGUUCUUGUUUCCUCAGGCCCAUAAAGUGCUGAUGGGGUGCCACCUUUCUGCUUGGGAAUGUGGGGGCUAUUUUGUUUACGGCACAAAAUCUGAUUUUGAUUGUGUGUCUGAGGUGGAAAUAAUAAAGAGUAUGGCUUCCAUUUCGCUGGACAACAGCAGCUUCCAAGCCCUGAAGCAGCUUUGCUGCAAUAUUGCAAAAAAACUGAUUUUUCAAGACGAAUAGCCUUUCAGUUUGGAGCAGUCAGUACUUAUGUAAGAUGGUUUGAUGUGUUGCUUGUUUAGUGGCAGUACUUGUGCACGGCUUAUUGUUAAAAAUUUCUGUGAAUUCUGCAACCUGUAGUCUUGUGCAAUUACAAACAAUAUGCAUGUACUAUUGCCUCUGAAUUCCAUUCUUUUGUCCAGAUGUUAUGAUUGAAAGUUUAGGUUUACGUUUA